AUGGCGAUCGGCGGUGCACCGGCCGGCCGUAUCGUGAUGGAGCUCUACGCCGAUGUUGUUCCGAGAACGGCCGAGAACUUCCGUGCCCUUUGCACCGGGGAGAAAGGUGUUGGAAAAGCCGGCAAGCCUCUACACUACAAGGGAUCGAAAUUCCACCGUGUGAUCCCUGAUUUCAUGUGCCAGGGAGGUGACUUCACCGCCGGAAAUGGCACCGGCGGCGAGUCGAUCUAUGGAUCGAAGUUCGCUGAUGAGAACUUCAUCAAGAAGCACACCGGUCCUGGUGUGUUAUCCAUGGCCAAUGCUGGUCCUGGAACUAAUGGAUCGCAGUUCUUCAUAUGUACCGCUCAAACCUCGUGGCUCGAUGGGAAGCAUGUGGUGUUUGGACAAGUUGUGGAGGGACUGGACGUGGUGAAGGCGAUCGAGAAGGUUGGAUCGAGAUCUGGAAGUACUUCCAAAACUGUGACCGUCGCUGACUGUGGUCAACUUUCCUAG